AGGGCAGGUGACCGGAAAUACAAGUCUUUCAAAAUAAAAGCCACGGCAAUAGAAGGAUUGUAGGAAAUAUUUAUUUUACUUACAGUAUAAACACAUACCAAGGCAUAUGAGAAGAAAAGUAAAUUCAUCAAUAUAAAUACAUAAACCUGGUCCGAUGGGAGCAUGUUAGCAACAGCAAUUGACUAUAGGCGGUUUAAUUUGGAUGUAUCCAUGAACACAGCUAUAAUCAUUAUUCAAUUAAUCGUUGCAUUGUUUCAUACAAAACAGUUCGUAAUAUAGUUUAUUUAAUGUCAUCUUUGUGUGCAGAGUUGUUGCUGUAUUUUUCCAUCAUAUUGUGCUGUUUCUUGAGUGACCGCAGAGCAUAUGAGGAGACGCAGAGUAAAGGUGUUUACCCUUUUCACCAGUAGAUGGCAGUGACGGUAUCAAUAGGAAGCACAUGUAAGAAUAACCAACUGUCUCUUUAGUUUUUAACUGUCAUCAUGUAUAGCCUUGUGAUCGACACAUGCUCACUCUUCCAUGUGGGAAGGUUUGGUUCUAAAACUAUACAAAUAUAACAAUUAAAUGCAUGAUAUAUAACUAGGUUGCAAAUGCACCAUGAACAUAAAAUGUCAUACAAAAUAAACGGCAUAAAAUAAGUCCAGAUCAAUAACCUGGUUUGAAUACAUUUAUACUGCCAUCUCGUGGUUAAAAGGAUGAACACCUCCUCUGCGUCUGCUCCAAAAGACUCUGCUCGGCGUUCACUCAAGAAACAGCCCAAUAGGGUAGAUAAAUAAAAACCUGUGUGAUAACAGCAACAACCCUGCAAACAAAAACAACUUAUUGAACUAUAUUACUUGCCUAACAGCCUUAUAUUGCCUUGGCUUUUAUUUUUGACAGACUCGUACUUCCGGGACAGACGCAAAACAAGGCAAUAUAAGGCCAUGCGUUGAGCUGUCUUCAGAAGAAAAAACAAAAGGAUUUGAAAAAAAAAAAAAAUCAGCUCGUUAUUUGAGUUCGGUUCUCUCGUAUGGUCGUUUUUGGUUUCAAACCGAAAAUGAAAAAAAAACCAUCGUAUUUCUGUAUCUUCGUUUUUUCGACUAAACUAUCAAACAAACGACCAGAACGUACACGGACCAGAUACGAGCCCCGUUGUUAGCGUGUAACAGCCAUCACUGGUCUCAUUGUAGUCGUUCCCUCAAAUGAAUCCUGCCAAAUGGCCUCCUUAUAUCACACAUGUCUCCUUCAUGUGCGGAACGCGAGAAUGUGAGCGAGGUGGGGCGUGACCGCACGCAGUUUAGUUCGGUUCAAAUUCAAUUCGCCUUGAAGAAUGUAAAUCAAAACCCCUUGCCAUUUACAAAGUGGGAUUGGCUGAUGGAUUUCUUUUUCUUCUUACGAUAGGUGGGUUGGGCUGCCAUGCUCUCCACCCACAUUAUCACCGCUUGCAUUGUUGUCAAAGAGACACUGCAACCAAGAUAGCUCACGUCCUCCUCCACUAGACAUUUUAACCAUUGUCUCAUUCGUGGGUAGCGUAACGUUAAACAUUUUUAAACAUCCAAAAAGUAGACACACAACAAGUUACGCCAAAAGGCACGAUCUAUUUAUGUUCAUGUAAAAGCUUAAGCAAAACAAUUCCACUCAAGCUCGCCAACUCCUAGAUCAAAUACGACGUCCUGUGCUCCUAACUGACGUUAGACGGGAGAGAAAGUGGUCGAGCAGGAACUAUCUUGUCAUGAUUUUGAACUCUUUGUUGGAUGUGCGCUGUGGCUGACAACCGUCCAGCCCGUCGCAACAACAGCAGCAGCGGCGGCAUCAGUGUCUCUAUCAUCGCGAACGCCGAGGGGAGUGAAGCGAACCGGGGAAGGAGAGAGAGAGAGAGCGAGAGAGAGCGAGCGAGCGAAAGGAUUUAAGGAUACCGACCAAGCAUGGCUACCCAAACGACUGCAUCAUGCACUGGAUCCACUCUGUUGCAGCCAAUCAGCGACAUUAUCAAUCUCCCUGUUGAUCAGGUUAACUUUGUGGCAUGUCAGCUGUUUGCCCUGCUCAUGGCUGUGUGGUUUCGGAUCUACCUCCACCCCAGUAAGACCAGUCCUUUCAUCAGACAUGUGGUGGCCACUCUGCUGGGCUUCUACUUGGCUCUCUUCUGCUUUGGCUGGUAUUCCCUCCACUUCCUGGUGCAGAGCGGUCUGUCCUACAGUGUGAUGGUCUUCGCUGGCCUGGAGCACAUGCACAAGUAUUGCUUUAUCGUGACGCUUGGCUACCUGAUAUCAUGUCAGGUCACGCGCGUCUACGUGUUUGACUACGGCAUGUACUCUGCAGAUUUCACAGGGCCCAUGAUGGUUAUAACACAGAAGAUUACCAGCUUGGCGUUUGAAAUACAUGAUGGGUUGACCAAGCGAGAGGGGCAACUGACUCCCAGUCAGAAAUACCUAGCUAUCAGGCGGAUGCCCAGCCUGCUGGAGUACUUGAGCUACAACUGUAACUUCAUGGGCAUCCUGGCAGGGCCCACCUGCUCGUACAACGACUACAUGGCCUUCAUCGAAGGCACGUGCUACCAGCCGCGCCACCAGGAGAACGCCAACGGCAAGGAGAACGGGAAGUACAAGCAGAGCGAGCCCUCGUCCAAGAAUGACGUCAUCUCCAAGCUGUGUACCUGUGCCAUCUCACUGGGCAUCUAUCUGUUGCUGUGCACGCUGGUCCCGGUGGAGCUCUCCAUAAACGACGAGUUUGUCAGCUCCACACCGUUCCAUCUGCAGGUCGUCUACCUUUACCUGGCCAUGCUGGCUCUGAGGCCAAAGUAUUACUUCGUCUGGACCCUUGCUGAUGCUAUCAACAACGCUGCUGGGUUUGGCUUCAAUGGAUACAACAAAGAUGGCUCCCCACGGUGGGACCUGAUAUCAAAUCUCAGAAUUCUGGACAUUGAGUUUGCCACCAGUUUCAAGAUGUUCCUAGACAACUGGAAUAUCCAGACGGCUCUUUGGCUCAAAAGGGUGUGCUAUGAGCGCUGUCGCAUCAACCCCAUGGCGGCCACCUUCGUGCUGUCAGCCAUGUGGCACGGGGUGUACCCCGGCUACUAUCUGACCUUCCUCACUGGCAUUGCCAUGACGAUGGCUGCACGUGCCGUGAGACACAACAUCAGACCACACUUCCUGGGCUCCGACUCGCACAAGCGCAUCUAUGACGUCUUCACGUGGGCAGCGACUCAGGUUGCCAUCAGCUACACAGUGGCGCCGUUUGUCCUACUCGCUGUGGGACCCUCACUCAAAUUCUACAGGUCUUGGUACUUCUGCUUACAUCUCCUCUGCCUGCUGGUGGUAUUGGCCCUCCCUGUCAAGUCGAGACUCCUGCAGGCCAAAGAGCAGCAGGACGGCCUAAAGGACAACCAGGCGGACCACAACAGCACAGACAACAACUGCAACCAGAAAGAAAAGGCCACAUGAGGCUCUGGACAGCGACACGCAGGAACACUGAGACAAACUAAAACCACUGAGAGCUGGACUGCGGCGAGUCUAUUUACCUGACAAAGAACCAAAUAUCGGAUGCUCUGAGAAUCCUAACCGACAGGAAACACAAGUCAAUGUUCUGUCAAAACUUCCAGUAGCAAGGAUGACAGCAAUCACAGUUUCUGACAUGGAUAAGAGACCAGGAUGUAACAAUGGCCAUAGUGUAAACUAAUGUGUGAUGGUGGUUACUUUACAUUACAUUAGUGGAAUUGGAGACUUCCAAGCUGCCUUAAACCCUCUAUGUACUCGGGCUGGUGAAAUAACAGUUGGACGGCACGUUGCGAGAACCAAUUUGCAGUUUCACCGUUGUGUUGUCAGUUUGUACAAACCGCUAAGACGUGUGCAGUUAUGUGGAGGGUUUUAGUCAUGGUCUGGAUACAAGGUGGAAAUGAAAACGGUUUAAUGUAAAAGAAACAUUCCUUUAUCAUCAGCUGCCAAUUUCAAACAGGCCUUAGGAUCCUCAAAACUUUGUUUGAUUUCUAUGUAUUUUUAAAAAUCUUUAUUGGAGAAGACUUCACAUUGUUCGUGUUUUGUAUUUAGAUGUUCGUGACAACAAUAUUUCAGAUCCAUUGUCGAUGCUUUUCCCCCUUCUUUCUGGGAUGAAUUGAAUGAUGACGAGUCCUAAAGAUGAAUUCAGAUCUCAUCCAUCUCCACCUGUGGGAAGUCUAAAAGAGGCACUCAAGAGUUACUGAAUGGAUUUCUGUUUCUUUUUUCAUAUCUGCUGCAUUUGUGACAGACAACUGUGUGUUGUUCAAAGGGACUUCAUUUACACCGUUGUGAUUUCCAUUUUUUCCUUUAAUGAUUUCUGACCUGGUUUCCAGGGUGUGAUUUGUUUUUUAUUUUGUUUGACCUGUGUUCAAAUAUCGUGCCUCUGUAAUACAAGUAUCCAAAACUAUUUAAUGCAAGUCCAAAUUAAUACAAUUGUACAAAUGGGGCAACAGUGGAUUGUUAACAUCACGGUUGAACACACUGUUGCACAGUGUUAUUCAUUGUCUUAAAAUCCUUCAAAUAUAACAAAUCUAUUCAAAUUACCACAUUUACUGAAGAUGUAUUUAAUUGUCAAAAGGUGUUGUAGCCAUAAUUAUUAUUAUUAAGUCAAUGGAAUGUAACAGAAAGUUUCCAAAUUGACGCACAGUGCAUAGCUGUUGUGGUAUAUGGUCUUCUUUCAUAUUGUGUGCACUUAUGUUAGAAUAGGUGAUAUUUCAGGUUGCAUUUACUGUAGGGUGGUUCCUCACAAGGUUUCGGUUCACAGCUCUCCUUAAGCCUUUCAAAUCAUCCAGUUUACUCUUUAUGACAUGCAGCAGUUCAAAACGAUUUCUGUAUCAUUAAACACUUUUUUUAUUUUAGUGAAAGAAAUGUGGUGCGGAGGAGACGACCCGAAAGGCACCUCUCUGUUGUCACGCCACAAAUAUCAUGCACACUUUGUCGUACAUUUAGUUUUCUUCCAAUUGUCAGUCAUUUGAGUUGGUUUGGUGCAUUUGUGUUAUGUAAAAUAAUAACAAAGCAGCAGAAGGAGAGCUUUUCCAUUCAUUUUCAAGAUGUUCUAACAUUAGCAUAUUCCUGCCAUAACUCGGUGUAUACCAGUAAUCAUGUGAUCCGUACAUGUCAUGUGGUCUCAUGUAAACUAUAUUUGUAGCCUUGUGUAGGCGACCGUGGCCCACUUCAGAGAAAGGGAUGUCAUUCUACAAACAAAGCGAUUAUUGCACUGCAUGGCCAACCAAACCAGCAGAUCAAUGCAAAUGGCUCCAUAUGUCCAAAGUGCCAAAUCAUGAAUGGCGCAUUUUUGUAUGUAUGUGAGCAUGCGUGCCUGCGUGUGUGUUUGUGUGUGCAAAUGUGUCCAUGUAGUAUGUGCGCGCCUGUGUAACAUAACGGUUAUUUUUGUGUCAGAAGGAAAUUUAUUGAAAAAUUUGUAUAACAGUCCAUUAAAAUUCUGAUUUAUGUGGCAAAAUAAAGAGAAAUUAUUUUUAAACACUAAAA